CCCAUGAGCUUGAUAUUAUUGAUCCACCACAGAGAGUACCAGUACCAAUGCGGAGUGAAACAGCCCAACCCCAUGUAGCUGAAGCUGCAUCUUGUCCACCAACAAUUCGAGUUACUGUUGCCGAAUUCUUUGAACAGCCACAUGAUACACUUGAAUUGCAUGAAUAA